AUGGGCGUGCCUCCGGACCAGCUCGACCAAUACGCGGACCCGAACGUGUUUAACGAAGGCGAAACUGCUCCCACCGAUGCAGUUCCAGGCGAAGACGCCGUUCCCGGGGAAAAUGCGCAAGAUCCGUUCCUUCCCCCGGAAGACGCCUACCUGCCCGACGAUACUACUCCCGUAGACGAGCAACAGCCUGCUGGCGAACCGGCUCCGGGGGGCAUCCCCCCAGAAACCACCACUGCGCCGGAGGGCAUUCCCACUGAUACCGCUCCCGUUGAGGACGCAGCCCAGCCGACGGACACCGCGUCUGCCGCGUUUGCUCCUGACACGACCGAUCCUAAUUUCGAUCCUGACGCCGCCACUCCCGUCGACGCGACGGUUCCAACAGAAUCUGCCACCGUGGCUGUUGAUGAUACGGUGACUGCGGGUAACGGCACGAUGUACGACUUCCAAGGCGCGUACGAGAAGAUGAAGGGCGGCGAUCUCUCCACAGAGGCCAUUAUUGGCAUCGUCGCUGGAGUCUGUGGCGGCAUGGUCCUUGUCAUGUUGUGCGCGUGCAUCUGCUGGAUCCGCCAACGCAACAUCUGGCGAGCCAAAUACGGAGAUGGCAAUGCAGGAGCAAUUGAGAUGUAG